AGCCUUCUCGUUGUUUGCGCCCUUUGGCCGCUGGGGGGCGCCAGAGACGCGGAACCCAUCCGCGUUCUGGAGCGUGACUCCUCCCCUCCUUGGGCAGCCAGGCGCUAGGCCCAGCGGGGAUCCAAGCAGCCCCGGGGAGAGGGAGGCAGUGCCUGUACCCGGACCCAAGGUCACCGGGCGACCGACAGAUGCAUGCUGCCGGCCCCGGCCACAUGAGCAGCGUUACGGACGCGACUGCCCGGUCCUUGGAUAUGCCAGAUCGAGUGCCCACUCGUCCGUGGGACUGGUCUUCUGACUCGACCUGCCCCCGCCUCUGCUUCACCCCACUGGUGGCCAAAUAGCCGAUAUCUAACCCUUACACAAGCACAUACGGCGUCUGGCGAUUCUUGGGAAUUCCCUCGCUAAGUCACGCCUGAGACUCAUGGGGAGAUGCUAGACCUGGGACUGCCCUGGGAGGCGCACACAACCAGGUCGGGUGGCAGCCAAGACCUCUCCCAUAUCCCUGCUUUUCUUAGGACAGCCAUGGCUCCAAAGCGGAAGCCCUCGGUACAGACUGAGGGCCCUGAGAAAAAGAAGGGGCGGCAGGGGGCAGGGGAGAAGGACCUCUUCCACUCCACCGCUGAGGCCCUCAGGGCUGCACCUGCAGAGAAGCGCAUAAUCCGUGUGGACCCGACGUGUCCACUCAGCAGCAACCCUGAGACCCAGGUGCAUGAGGACUAUGACUGCACCCUCAACCAGACCAACAUCGGGAAGAACAACAACAAGUUCUACGUCAUCCAGCUGCUCCAAGACGGCAGCCGCUUCGCCUGCUGGACCCGCUGGGGCCGCGUGGGAGAGCUCGGCCAGUCGAAGCUGAACCCCUUCACAACACUAGAAGAUGCAAAGAAGGACUUUGAGAAGAAAUUUCAGGAAAAGACCAAAAAUAAAUGGGCAGAGCGAGACCAAUUUGUGGCCCACCCCGGCAAGUACACACUUAUCGAAGUGCAGGGAGAGGAUGAGGCCCAGGAAGCUGUGGUGAAGGUGGACGGAGGCCCAGUAAGGACUGUGGCUAAGCGGGUGCAGCCCUGCUCCCUAGACCCAGCCACGCAGAAGCUCAUCACUAACAUCUUCAGCAAGGAGAUGUUCAAGAAUGCCAUGACCCUCAUGGACCUGGAUGUAAAGAAGAUGCCCCUGGGAAAGCUGAGCAAGCAGCAGAUUUCGAGGGGCUUCGAGGCCUUGGAGGCACUGGAAGAUGCCCUGAAAGGCCCCAGGGAUGGUGGCCAGAGCCUGGAGGAGCUGUCCUCCCACUUUUACACCAUCAUCCCGCACAACUUUGGCCGUAGCCGGCCCCCACCCAUCAACACCCCGGAGCUUCUGCAGGCCAAGAAGGACAUGCUGCUGGUGCUGGCGGACAUCGAGCUGGCCCAGGCCCUGCAGGCAGCCCCUGAGCAGGAGCAGAUGGUAGAGGAGGUGCCACACCCCCUAGACCGAGACUAUUUGCUUCUCAAGUGCCAGCUGCAGCUGCUGGACCCUGGGGCACCUGAGUACAAGGUGAUACAGACCUACUUAAAACAGACUGGCAACAACCACAGGUGCCCUACUCUUCAACACGUUUGGAGAGUGAACCGAGAAGGGGAGGGAGACAGAUUCCAGGCCCACUCCAGACUGGGUAAUCGGAGGCUGCUGUGGCACGGCACCAACGUGGCCGUGGUGGCCGCCAUCCUCACUAGUGGGCUCCGCAUCAUGCCACAUUCUGGUGGGCGUGUUGGCAAGGGCAUCUACUUCGCCUCAGAGAACAGCAAAUCAGCUGGCUAUGUUACUGGCAUGAACUGUGGGGACCACUACGUCGGCUACAUGUUCCUGGGUGAGGUGGCCCUGGGCAGAGAGUACCGUAUCACCACGGACAACCCCAGCUUGAAGACCCCACCUCCUGGCUUCAACAGUGUCAUUGCCCGAGGCCACACCGAGCCUGGUGAGUCCUCAGAAGCUGAACAGGCCAAGGAGAGAGAUCCGACCCAGGACACUGAGCUGGAGCUGGAUGGCCAGCGAGUAGUGGUGCCCCAGGGCCAGCCUGUGCCCUGCCCAGAGUUCAGCAGCUCCACAUUCUCCCAGAGCGAGUAUCUCAUCUACCAGGAGAGCCAGUGUCGCCUGCGCUACCUGCUGGAGGUUCACCUCUGAGUGCCCACUCUGUUCCCCUGGGUCCUGCUGGGCUGGACGGCGAUCUUCACUCUUCCGUCCCAUCUCUGGUUCCCCCAUAUCACUCCUUUUGUCAAGAAUGCAAUACAUUGUUGUUAACUACAGUCACCAAGCUGUACAAGAUCCCUGGAUUUCCUCCCCUGUCUGACUGAAAUUUUGUGUUCUUUGACCCACAGCUGCCCAGUCCCUCUCCCCCCAGCGUUCUACUCUUUACUUGUAUAAGGCAGCUUUUUUAGGUUCCACGUGUAAGCAAGGUCAUGUGAUGUUUGUCUUUCUGUGCCUGGCUUAUUUCACUUAGCAUAAUAUCUACCAGGUUCACCCAUGUUCAUAAAGGACAGGAUUUUCUCCCUU